ACGUCACUGUCAAAACCCAGAAUAUCAGUGUUUAUACGUUUUGUUUAUCGAUUUACUUAUCCAAUUUCGUUUUCCAAGUCUUAGAACGUCGACACAGUACAAGAGUCACCCUCCCCCGUUGUACGCGAACGAAGGAACCCGUUAAAUUCCCUGAGUUGGUCCUGCCCGUUUCGACGGUUGACCUCCUGAAACCGAUGGUUCGUGGCAGUGGACGCAUCAGUAUGAAUAGAUUUCCACCGUCAUUGGCUGGACCGAUGGUUCCUCCGUUCAUGUCGCGCAGAGUGCCCAGGCAUCCUUUCGACAUAGUCCUCUGCGAGGGUGCCUUCCCACGGGUGAAGCCCGGUGCACACACUACAGAGGAAUCGGCAUUCAACGCAGCCUUACUCAAACGAGCACAGAUAUUGACACCUAGUUCCGAAGACCAUUCCGCACUGCUGGGUUUUGUCACUAAGAUACAAUCGAUCUUAGAUAAUAUAAUUAUCUCCCCUGGAAAAACUGAAGUAUCUAUCGAAGAAGUUAGAGUGGUAGGUUCGUUUAAAAAAGCAACUAUUAUGAAAGGUCAUACCGUUGCUGACAUUGUGGUCAUUUUUAAGACUUUGCCUACCAAAGAAAGUGUUGUUGCUCUGUCACAGAGAAUUAUUGCUGAUUUUAGAGAAAAUUAUCCUACUGGAUUACAGAUUGCUGACGAUGUCUUGAUGGCACCUGACAGCACUGGUUUUGAUGUUAUUUCAACGCAGGGCACCGUACGCAUACUUAUUUCUACUAUAUCUACAAAUUUGAAGAAGCUAACGUCUGGACUACACUUAGAUUCGAAUGCAAUGAAACUACACAUGGGAGCAAUACGUCAUAGCCGGUGGUUUGAUGACAAUGCAUCUCAUUCAUCAAAUAAAAUGCUUGUUAGGCUUCUCAAAGAUCUGCGCAAUCGUUUUACAGGAUUAAAUUGUUUAAAUCCAUGGAUGAUAGAUUUAUUGGCUCAUCGUUCUUUAUUGACCAACAAGCAAACAUUACCUAUUCAAAUAGCAUACAGGAGAGUUAUUCAACUUUUAGCUGGUGGGCUAUUUCUUCCAGGCUCAGCUGGAAUCAUAGAUCCAUGUGAGACUGGUAAUGUUAGGAUCCAAACAUUAUUAACAUUAGAACAACAAGAUUUGUUGUGUAUGACAGCCCAACAUUUAGUUCGAGUAAUGGCUCAUGGUGGUUUUAUUGCUGUACUUAAUGGAAAUGACAAUAUCUUAAAACUGAAGUCAAUUAAUGGAAUUAUUUUUGGUGAUUUACAAAAAGCAUAUGUCAAACAAGAGGGAAUGGUAGAAGAAGUGGAUUCUACGGGCGCAGAGAGUGAAGAAGUAGCUAUGGAAAGUGCAUGAUGUAGUAUAAAUUUAACAUUUAAAGCUUGUAAUUCCAUGUAUUUUAUGUGUAAGUAUUUAAGUGUACUUGUUUGAUUCUAGUUGAAAAUCAUUUUAGUGAUGAUUUUUAAUUAUAUAUAUAUAAGAACUUUUUUUAUAACUUUUAAAUCAAAUAAAUUCCUCAUUACAAUAA